AUGUUUAAGACUGAAGAUAUCGGAUCUUGCGAUUUAGCAAAUUUUUCGAAUGUUGAUCCUGGUCGUCCUCCAGAACCAGACCAAUUGGCUCUCCUUUCUCCGAAUCAUCCGCUCCUGGGCAUAUUCCAAAGUUCACUGAAGGAUCACCUAUUACGAACUAAACAUGAACUUGAAAAUGAAAUUUCAGAAAUUCAAUACCAAGAAAAAUUUAAAGUGCAACGACUAGACGAAGAAGGCUUGGCUUUGUAUAACAUGCAGCAACAAAUUGGACUUCGAAAGGAACAAAUAAGGGAAAUAUCAGUGGUAAUUGAGAAGCACUUGCAAAAUCGUCAAAACGAAGAAGUUGAACUUAACUCCUUAAAGAGAAAAUAUGAAGAAAGAGUUAUACUUACCAAAACCAAAAAAAACUUAUAUUAUGAGCGAAUGGUAGAACUCAAAGAUACGCAAAGUUUAAGUAGUAAUAUUAAAAAAUGGACUUAUGACGUAGAAGAUGAAAUAGAGAAUGCUAAACGCAUCGUUAGCAGAGAUGCACUGCUGCAAAAGCAAUUAUCUCGGGAAAAACGAAAAUCUGAUAUACUGUUUUUCCGGCUAGAUAUGGAAGUUAAAAAACGAGAAUCCGAACUGAACUCAAUUUACGAAGAAGAAAGCACUAUGAAAGAUAUUGUCAAUAUUUUAAAUAUGACUAUAUUUGACGCCAAUAUAGAUCUGGAA